AUGGCGGCGGCAGCCUGGGCUGUCCGUAGAGUCCGGUUGAGCGCGUGGCGUGGUGAAGCGGCUGUGACCGACGAGCGUGGUCAGUAUCUGCUGUCGGUGCCAGAGAUCGCUGGUGCUGUGGCUGAGGCGGUGACGGAUGUCGAUAGCGCUGAUGAUGCCUCCAAGCUGCGGGCGCGGAGGCUGUCGGGCGGCAUGUCGAACUUUCUCUUUGUCCUCCUCGAGGCCUCGGACGGCUCUGUCGUCGGCCUGAUGCGAGUGUACGGCGCUGGCGCCGACGCCACGGUCGUCCGCGCCGACGAGGGUGCCGUCUUUGGUGCGCUCUCAGACGCCGGCCUUGGCCCGGCGCUGUUAAGCGAGUGGGCCGGCGGGCGGAUCGAAGCCUUUGUCGCCGGCACGCCCGUGGAGUCGCGGACGCUCGGCCGGCCCGAGUCGGCGAGCCUUCUCCGCGAGAUCCUCGCCAAGGUGGCGGCGAUGCACAAGCUGGUCAUUCCCAGCGGGCUCAGCUCAUCGUCACUUGCAGGCGUCGAGAACUCGAUGCUCUUCCACCAACUCGGCAGCUGGCUCGGGCAGCUGGAGGAGGCAGCGCAGGAGGGGCGCAAGGUCAACGAGCAGCGGCGGCUGCUGCUGACGCUGCCAGACAUGCCUGUUUCGAUCGAGCUGCGAGCGCUGCGCGACCACGUCGAGUGGCUCGAGGCCAAGUGGCGGGCCAUGGACGGCGUUCGCAUGGGCCUCUGCCACAACGACCUGCACGGCGGCAACAUCAUGGCAACCGCCGACGACGAGGUUGUCCUCAUCGACGUCGAGUACGCUGGGUACUCGAUGGUCGGUGUCGACCUUGGCAACAUGGCGUGCGAGAUGAUGCACUCGUACGAAUGCGAGAACCACCCGGGCUUUGUCGUCCGGGCCGACGAGUUUCCAUCGCCCGAGACCCGCGCCGCCAUGGUGGCGUGCUACCUUGACGCUGCCGGCGAGAGCAGCAACGAUGCCGCCGUCGCUGCUCUCAUGGCGCAGGUCGAUCUCGGCAUCCUCUCCUCGCACCUCAUGUGGGCGCUGUGGUCGUUUAUCCAGGCGCGGACGUCGGACAUUGCCUACGGCUACACCGCGUACGGCCUGCAGCGGCUCGACCAGUUUGUCCACGGCCGCAAGGCCAGCACAGCCGCCGACGCGGCAGCCAAGGCCGCGCUCGCGAGCGAGGCCGACAGCGAGUAA